AUUUGCAAUGACUUCUGCUGUAAGACCACAGCUUAAGGGGCUUUUAACCUCUGUGGUAUUUCCCUGUUGAAACCAUGCAUUCUUAAACCAGGCUAACACUAACUUUAAAAUUUGAAUAUCUAAACCAAACCAUGAAGUCAAGCAGAUUUUACUUGUAAAAUCUGGUGGGCUCCUGGUGUUUGGACCCCAUAAAUAUAGAUAAUCUAGAACACAUACUAAUACAUAAUGUGAUCAUGUAAGGAGAUGUAUUUCUCCUUAAACUAUAACAUACAUUUUUUUUUAUUGUUCCAGUCAUACAUUUACUGUAGGAAAGACAAUGAGAAAAAAAAUACUGUCCAUAUGUGAAAAACCAAUGCACAUUAGAUAAACAAAUUUAUCUGUGCUUGGCAAAAUAAGAAAUCUCAAAUGUUAUCAAAAGCAAGUUUGAUAACAAAACUGCAUAGUAGAAAUGUUUUGUGUUAAAAUAUUUAAUAGGUCUUAGACCAAUCUAAAGGUCAUGAGUAGACACUGCACAUCAGUUCCUCCACUCACAGCAACAAUCAUUCUGUAAUCACUGACUGCUGCCCGAGUUUGAGCUAGGGCAUCACAGAAAAAAGGGAGAGUGUAUGUUUUUGUUCUGGGGCAGAAAGGCGUUCUCCAGCCUCAGGAUGUUGCCUUUAAAGCUGAAGAAGUGGGCUUCCUGUGGAGGAAGCGAUCACAGAAUAGACAAGGCCAGGGCGAGACACCGUGUUCCCAACAUUUCUUGUGCACAGGUCACCAAUCGGAGUGCGCUGCAUGCUUUUGUGGACUGAGCUCAGUCUUGGUGCUUUGAAGGGUAAGUGAAGCAUCUUAGUUAGUAUGGCUUAAUUCCUCCUCAUGCACCUGCUGGGACCAAACCAUCUGACAGUGCUCACACUGUCUGCUUUGCAGGUGUACGUAGAUGGAUCCAGGAUGACUGGUUGGCUUACAGGAUGAAAUCUGAGGCUGACUUUUUCUUCAGCCAGAUGGAUUUAUUAAAAUCACACAAUGGACAUCAGACAGUUGGAUGCAUUAAAGACUUUGCCUUUAGUGAAUGAAUUAUUAUUCCUAUACCAAGUCAUCAUUCUGCAAAAAUCGGUUUCCAACUGAGGGACCUCAAGUUUUCUGUCUAAGUUGUUUGACUGACAGUGAAAUGUCAAAUGACACCUGUGACCUCCCCUUGGACACGGACAUAUUUGGACUGACCUGUAUCUAUGGUGUCAUUUUCUCCUUGGGUCUCCCCAGCAACCUCCUGUCUCUGUGGGGAUUGUACCACCUUGGUCGCUCAGGUGGGGGAGGCUGUCAGCUGGUCUACAUCCUCAACUUGUUGCUGUCAGACCUCCUCCAGCUGCUCACCCUACCACUGUGGAUUCUUUACCUCCAAGGUCCUCACCGUUGGCCUUAUGGCCAGCUAACCUGUGAGCUGGUGGGCUAUGUAUUUUAUGUGAACGUCUAUGCCAGUGUCAUGUUCCUCUGCCUGAUAGCGAUGGAUCGCUGCCUGGCCAUUGUUUACCCGCUGAGCAGCCGCAGGGUGCGGACUGUCAAGGUAGCAGCAGUGUCGGGGGUUGCUGUGUGGACCUUAACCUUCCUGUUUUGCCUGAGUGGACUGCUGCCAUCUGUAUUUGACUCUGACAGGCUGCUUUGUCUGGAGCAGUACCCUGUCAGCCCCAGAUACGCUCACUUUAAGAUCAUCACUGUGGUUCUUGGCUUUCUGCUGCCAUGUGUCAUUCUAGGCUACACCUCAGCCCAUAUCGGGGUGACACUUCGCCAGUCCCCUUCUCUCUCCGAUCAUGAGCGGCACAAAAUUACUGAUGAGCCAUGUGGAUUUGAGCGCUCCAUUUUCCUCAUCUAUCGCCUGUGCUAUGGUCUGACCAGCCUCAACACCCUGCUAGAUCCCCUCUUCUACAUCUUUCUGUGCCAUGAUGCUCGACUGGAGCUGCAAAGGUCUCUACCCUGUUUGGGAAGAGGGCAAAACAACCAUAAAAAUAUAACCAUGAGCACCAGAUAUCCCCUUGACACUCAGAGGGAGAGUGAAACCAGAGAAAAUACCUUACUAGCUAUUUAAACUGGGCUAUAGACCACACAUGUAAUUCCUGUUAAGUCAAAGCAGUUUUGCCACCCAGUGGAAAUUUAUGUACUUAGUUUUUUACAAUAUGCAAUGUGAACUAUAAUACUAGCUCCUCAGAAUAUUUCUGUAUGUUUAUUUGAAAUUUUUUUUCUCAGUUUUAGUCUUUUGUGGUCAUCUACAUUUAGCUUUAACAUAAUGCAAAAAUUUUCAAGUGAUUUGAUUGUAACUUUUGCUACUUUGAAACUAAAAUCUGCCAUUUUAAACUUAUCAAAACUGCACAUUUGAAUCUGUUGUGGUAUCAAGAGGGCAAAUACAGACAAAUGGAAUAAAACCUAGUCAUUUUCUGA